CGUUUCUCUCGUCCCGUGUCUAGUCGUUUCUCAAAUUUAAUUUUCGGUCGUGUUCAUCGUCGGAUGUGUUUUUUGGUCUUAUCGUGAAAUCAACAAAAAUAUCUUCUUAAAUACAAAACGAGGAGAAACAAUAAUUAAUUGUCUGCUUUUGCUGAAAUGUGAUGAACCAGUUUUUUAAUUUCUGCAAAUGAUUACACAAACCCACUAAUAAACAGUAAAUAAGAGCAGCAGCAACAAAACACAGUAAUUGGCUGACCUGUUACCUCACACACAAAUCCCAACUCAUUUGUCGCAGUAGUCGUCAUAUUUUGUUUAUCGCGUUGUUAUCGCCGACUAGACCUAGAAAAUCAGGCCCUUAGACAACAUUCUUGCGAUUGGAGAAGGAAGGGGUCUUGGGCGCACUCACUCAGGCACGCACACACAACAUAAGCAUAAGCACAGGUGGUAGUGAUCAUCGUCAUCGUGCAAAUAGUGGUGUUUACGUUCUGUGUUUGUUCUUUGCCCUAUCAAAUAUCGAUGGAUAAGAAGCAUUGACGUGACCGAUUGGAUUAAUUGAUCUAAUUUCCAAUUCACUGGCAGCGGCGGAUACUUCCGUUUGCGGGAAGGAGAAUAAUCAAUAAGCUUUGCUAUGUUGAAAACUAUAUAUCGAUCAACGACACUCGUACGACAAACAAAAACGAAAAGCUUAACGCCUCCUCUGGUAUUCAAUCAAAAUCCUAAGAACAGUGGCAGUGGUUGUUGUGUCUUUGCGGAGGGAACAACAGCAGCAGGUAGAACGAGCUCAACGUCACGUCGCAGUCUUACGACAUUUCCAGCAGCAUCAGCGGUCACAGCAUCUCAGACUAAUACAACAAAUACAAGGGCUGCGACGUUAAAACGCAGCAAGUCACAGACACAGUUUACGCUACUAACACGUUUAACACCCCGUCACCGUACAAUGUCGACGGGAUCCACACCCAAUACCAGCACACCAGUAUCUACCAGAAAUCUGUGUACAGCGGCGGGAAGUGGUGGUAGUCACAAAUUUACUAAUCGGUUGGCCCAAGAAAAGUCCCCAUAUCUUUUACAACAUGCCCACAAUCCCGUCGAUUGGUAUCCCUGGGGCGAUGAAGCAAUUGAAAAGGCAAAAGCUGAAAAUAAAAUGAUUUUCUUGUCGGUGGGCUAUUCGACAUGUCACUGGUGUCAUGUCAUGGAACAUGAAUCGUUUGAAAACGAAGAAGUAGCAGCUAUAAUGAAUGAAAAUUUCAUCAAUAUCAAAGUGGAUCGUGAAGAGAGACCGGAUAUUGAUCGAAUCUAUAUGCAGUUUGUGUUAAUGAUGAACGGCAGCGGUGGCUGGCCAAUGAGUGUUUGGUUGACACCAGAUUUGGCACCCAUAACAGCGGGUACAUAUUUUCCACCAAAUGAUCGUUGGGGUAUGCCAUCAUUCAAAACGGUGCUGAAAGCCAUCGCUUCCAAAUGGGCUGACAAUGAAGAACAGUUGAAGGCGGCAGGAAAUGAAAUAAUUGCUGCCAUACAGAAAUCGUUGUGUGAAAAAACUACAGAAAUUGUUUUUGAACCAGGCAGUGCAGAUGCCAAGUUGCAGGAAGCCAUGCGCAUUUUUAAGCAGCGUCAUGAUACAGAAUUCGGUGGUUUUGGUUCUCAUCCCAAGUUUCCAGAAGUAUCUCGAUUGAAUUUCCUCUUUCAUGCCUAUAUUGUAACCAAAGAUAUUGACACUCUGGAUAUGGCCAUAAAAACUCUGCACAACAUUGGCCGUGGCGGUAUACAUGAUCAUGUUUUUGGUGGGUUUGCACGCUAUUCGGUGGAUCGCAAAUGGCAUGUACCCCAUUUUGAAAAAAUGCUCUACGAUCAGGGUCAAUUAAUGUCCGCCUAUGGAAAUGCGUAUAAAUUAACGCGCGAAGAGCCCCUUUUAGAGUAUGCUGAUGGUAUUUACCGUUACUUGACAACAGAUUUACAACAUCCUGGCGGUGGUUUUUAUGCUGGGGAAGAUGCUGAUUCUUUGCCCAAGGCAGAGGAUAGCAAAAAAAUUGAAGGCGCUUUUUAUGCUUGGACCUAUGAUGAAGUUAAGAGAGCCAUAAAUGAUAAUAAAGAUAAAUAUGAAGAUUUACCAAUGGAUGCAGAGAAAAUAUUUGAUAUAUAUUCGAAGUAUUAUGAUCUAAAACCCACAGGCAACGUGGAGCCGGCAAGUGAUCCCCAUGGCCAUUUAAAUGGUAAAAAUAUUUUAAUAAUACGCCAAACAGAUGAAGAAAUAUGUCAGAAAUUUUCAAUUGAACGGCCACAAUUGAAGCAAAUAACACGCAUUACUAAUGAAGUUCUCAAUGAAAUACGUAAGUUGAGACCACGUCCUCAUUUAGAUACGAAAAUUAUUUGUUCAUGGAAUGGUUUGGUGCUAAGCGGUCUUUCAAAGCUGGGCAAUUGUGGCGGUGACAAGCGACCAAUGUAUAUUGCAACAGCAAAGAAAUUGGUCAAAUUUAUGUAUGAACAUCUGUGGGAUAAAGAAAAGAAAUUGCUGCGACGUUCCUGUUAUGGAGUGGCCACUAAUGACGCUACUUUACAAGAAAAUUUAGAGGGUGAACGCAUUGAUGGCUUCUUAGAUGAUUAUGCUUUCCUUAUAAGAGGCCUUUUGGAUUAUUAUAAGGCUACAUUAGAUGGCUUCGCCUUGGAUUGGGCCAGAGAAUUGCAAGAAGUUCAAGACACUCUAUUUUGGGAUGCUGAUAACGGUGCUUACUUCUAUUCCAAAGCCAAUUCACCAAAUGUUGUGAUUCGCCUAAAGGAUGAUCAUGAUGGUGCCGAACCCUGUGGCAAUAGUGUAUCAGCCCGUAAUCUUAUAUUGCUCUCCCACUAUAUGGAUGACGAAAGUUACAGUAAACGUGCUGCAAGUCUCUUUGAAUUCUUUGCGGAUCAACAACCCUUUGGUUAUGCCUUACCCGAAAUGUUGUCGGGGCUUUUGCUGUAUGAAAAUGGACUCGAUUUGGUAGCCGUCGUUGGCCCAGAUUCUGAGACAACAAAACGUUUUGUGGAAAUUUGUCGUAAAUACUAUAUACCUGGCAUGAUUAUCGUACAUGUUGAUCCUCAAAACUCGCGACAUGAAUACAAUCAACGGGUACAAGAAAAAUUCAAAAUGAUCAAUGGCAAGCCCACGGUGUACAUAUGUCAUGACAAGGUGUGUCGUAUGCCUGUCACAGAUCCAGAAAAAUUAGAACAAAAUUUAAAUGAAAAUUUUUUGAGACGUAUUAUCUAAGUUCGCUCUCUCUAUCAAUAUGUUUUUGACUUAAAUAUUAACAGUUCAGAGGGUUAACUUUUCAUUUCUCUUUCUAUAUAAAUGUAUAAUUAGAGUAGGGUCAUAGUGCUAAGGCUUCUAGUAUUUCUUUUGGUUAUUUUGUAACAAUUUUCCUUUAGCUCUUAGGUCUAGUCUCGAAAUAUAUUCUGUUCGCAUGUGUUUACAUUACAUACACUUUGUAUGUAUUUCACUCAUGGUAUUUACGAAUAUUGAAUUUUUUUAUUGAAAGUUUUAAUGGAUUUUAAGGUGUUAUUUUCCCACACCUUAAUUUGAUAUUAUUCAAAAUAUGUGCUUUAAAAAUUAGAAUAUUUGACAAUUUAUACAGCUUGAUUAUUUUACCCGAGUUAUUGUUAUAUAAUAAUAAUGUUUUUUAUUGUAAAUAAAUACAUAUAAUAUAAUUUUUACGGUACUUUAAGUACAAAGCUUGUGAAGAAUACAAUAAAUGUCAGAGUGCUGUAUUUCAAAGAAUAAAA